AUGUUGGAACACAAUGAAAGUACUAAACAUUACGUAGUCCACUGUGAAGUUGUCCUUCACGGAGGCCAUGAUCUGACCAUCAUUGACACAAUCACUAGGUCUGCAAGAGAACUUUCAAUAAAAUCGCCAAGUUUUAAUUAAUUAACGUUACAAAUGAACAUUGUACGCGUUUUCCAUGUACGCGUUUUCCAUGCACGCGUUUUCCAUGUACGCGUUUUCCAUGUACGCGUUUUCCAUGUACGCGUUUUCCAUGUACGCGUUUUCCAUGUACGCGUUUUCCAUGUACGCGAUUUCCAUGUACGCGAUUUCCAUGUACGCGUUUUCCAUGUACGCGAUUUCCAUGUACGCGUUUUCCAUGUACGCGUUUUCCAUGUACGCGUUUUCCAUGUACGCGUGUACGUGUACGCGUGUACGUGCACGCGUUUUCCAGACAACCCAUCAGAUGUCCAACAAAGUCUCGCACCAAAGGUCCCAUGAUGAGCCUGGAUGAUAAAGUGAAUGAUACUUAUCUUUUUGUAAUUAGUGUGCAAUCUAAUUCUAUAGAAUGUCUCCGCUAAAAUUCACUAUUAGAGAGCCUAGAUUACAAAAUUUUCUGUGGGUGCAUGCCCUUGGAACUCCUCUAGAGGUUUGUCAGUCGUAAGCUGUCUAAUUUUUCCUGGGGCUUUAGUUUAAGGCGGGGGGGGGGGGGCGAAAUAAAGAAUUAAGUAAAAUAUACAUAGAUAUAUAAACUGUCAAAAAACUUCCAGAAUGCAGGAUUUGGCGAUUUCUGGGACCUUAGAUUUUAAGGUUAAAGUCGGUUUUCCGCAUGCGAAUUUUUUCGCGCGAAGCGAAUUUUUCUUUUGUCUUUAUCUAAUUAGUUCCAGAUGGUUCCAGUUGAGAGACCAAAGAAAAAUUCGCUUCGCGCGAAAAAAUUGGCAAGUGGAAAAUCGGCUUAACUCUAGUUUUCGAAGUAAUGCAUGUGGCUUUAAUUUGACGUCACUGACAGUUGAGUGCAAGUUUUACUCCAUGUUGUUAGGUAUUCAGUUCUUAAACGACUUCGCAUCAGUAAAAUCAAAGGUAAGGCAAUUUGGCGAAGACUUAUAUUCAAGCGAAGUAAAAUAUCAGCUAAGCACUUUCAGAUACUUUAUAUGGUUCACAUAUGUCUGCGCAUGCCUGCGCUAUCAUUGUUUACAACUAGCUGUUGAUGCAUACAUUAUUUUGUGAAUUAUUUGGUUUAAAUGCUAUAACGACAAUAGCCCGCCGACAUACCGCUGCAGGUAUAUGUGAACCGGGCUUUUAUGUUGAAGCCAUUUAAAAGUCCGUGCUUUGUCAGAUAAAACACUGAAACUACGCUCUCGUGUUUUAUAUCAGAUAAAGCGCUCCUGCUUGUAUAGCGGGUAGUGCUUUAAAAAGUACAUAGCUACCGCAUUUACUGCAUGUGGUCUUGUGAUAGUUUGAAUCAAUGUUUGUGGUCGAAUAGAGAUACAGUGUGUCGCUGUAACUUAACUUCUUGUGUAAUUAAAAGCAUUGAAUAAUCUGUGUGGCCCUAUCUGAUGAGAAUGAGAAUCUAUCCUAACGUUACAGUCUAAUAUCUGUGACACUCAGAACGACAAUAGUAUGGAAACUUCAGUGCCCAUUUUUGGAACCUUUUCACUAGACCACAAUAUAUGAAUUAAGCUCAUGCAUCAACAUAUAGGCUGAUCAGUUGAUGCCGCCGCUCGCGGUUUUCAUACGAGUUUAUCCAUUGGUGGAGUGUCGAGGGUCAAUUGUCGAGGGCGAGGGUAAAAUGCAUGUCGAGGGUAAAAAAAAUCACAAAAAAAUACUGUAAUUUUAUUACGGUUAGGCAUAACUUGAAGCUAUUUGCAUGACAAGGCACUGCAAGCUCUAUUCAGGGGAGAUAAUAGAGUUUCAAAAUUUUACAAUUGCUCCAAUAAACCAGAGAAUGCAAGCGAGGAGCAAUUAGUUUCAUAGAGUUGCACUGGUCUUUUUCUAUUUGAGUGUACUCCUAUGUUUAUUUGGUAUCAUCAACACUCUGCACGUUGGAGUGGAAUAUUUAAUUAUUUUUUAUUAUGCCGAAUAUUGGGGGGGGGUGUGAAAAUUUUUUUGGAGGGGUGGACAUUUUGUUAGGGGGGUUAUAGCUAAUAUUGGGGGGGGGGGUAGCACCCUGCCCCCCACACACACACACACAAAAUCCGUCUAUGCCCAUGAGUACAAGAUCUUGUGUUCUUAUCCAACCAUUAACAGUUUAAAGCAAUUAGAGCUGUCAAAUUACUACAAUACGUUAUAGCUAAUUUGAAUUUGAAAGGGUUCAGUUUUUUUUAUACACUCUGUACUGUAUAUUGUGUUAAAUUAUACCAAAUAUUAACUCAAAUUCGAUUCAAUUGGUCAAAUUCAAACAAAGGCUUGAUUUCAAAAGGUAUACUUUUUUAGCCCGAGAGCCGCUACGCAGUCCAAUUCAUAGUCCAGUCUCCGCAAAGAAGGUCAUCGGUUAAUCGGGCAUCAUGUUAAUCCUUAUUGAUCCCAAUGGCAAAUAUACUGCAGUUAUAUAAUCCUUCGUUCUUUUAGUUUUCGCAACUUUCGAUUUGUAAACACUGCAGGAUUUUCGAGCAAUUUCUCCAACCAAAUAACUAUGGAUUUGGUAAGUCAAUUUACAGUCAAAUCUCUGAAUAGAGUAGAUAUUUACGCGGUUUUAACGUUUCCACAUCGAAUUCAAGUGACCGAUAUUUUUUAUAUGUGGCGGGUCAGCCAGUCUGUUAUCUGCUGUAUAAUAUAGUAAUAUACCUAUACUGUAGUACUGUGCCUUUUGCGCGCAAUUUAUAUAUGAUAUCUUGCUUUCUUUCAAAAGGUUCGCUCAUUUAAACUUAACACCGGAGCAGUAAUACCUUCAAUUGGCCUGGGGAUUAUAGAAUUGUAUAUUGUGCAGUGUAUGCUGUCAUGAUACACUGCAUUGCAAAUGUUAUACAAAACAAUUUACAUUUGUUAACACCUUUACACAUAAGGAAUGUUGCUGACAGGAUAAUUAGAAUGUUUCCUACACUGGAUCAAUAAGAGAUGAUCCUUACUGGACCUCUAGGAAGAACAGUUUAGAACUGAUAGAGCUUCCAGUAUAAAUAAAGUUAGUUUAGUUUAGGUUUCCUCCUGUAGUAACACUGGAUCAAUAAGAGAUGAUCCUUACUGGAACUCUAGGAAGAACAGUUUAGAACUGAUAGAGCUAUCCAGUAUAAAUAAAGUUAGUUUAGUUUAGGUUUCCUCCUGUAGUAAUACUGGAUUAAUAAGAGAUGAUCCUUACUGGACCUCUAGCAAGAACAGUUUCAGAGCUAUCCAGUAUAAAUAAAGUUAGUUUAGUUUAUGUUUCCUCCUGUAGUAACACUGGAUUAAUAAGAGAUGAUCCUUACUGGACCUCUAGGGAGAACAGUUUUGAAAUGACAGAGCUAUCCAGUAUAAAUAAUGUUAGUUUAGUUUAGGUUUCCUCCUAUAGUAAUACUGGAUUAAUAAGAGAUGAUCCUUAAUGAACCUCUAGGGAGAACAGUUUUGAACUGACAGAGCUAUCCAGUAUAAAUAAAGUUAGUUUAGUUUAGGUUUCCUUCUGUAUACGUAGUAACACUGGAUCAACAAGAGAUCCUUACUGGACCUUUAGGAAGAACAGUUUAGAACUGAUAGAUCUCAAGCUGUUCACUAUGAAUACACUUAAGUUAGUUUAGUUCAUAGUAACUCAGCUAAGUAAAAUGCCUCUGUAUUAACACGCCCUAAAUCACUUAAUCUCAUGCAGAACAUGGAAAUCAAAGCCAGGCGAGGUUGGCAAGGCUGUCAAAGCAGCGAUCAGAGCCGGGUACAAACACAUUGACUGUGCUCAUUGCUAUGGUAACGAAGCGGAGAUCGGGCAAGCUCUUACCGAGGUCUUGAAGGAAGUUGGUAUGAAGCGGGAAGACAUAUUUAUUUCCUCAAAAUUAUGGUAUGAAAUACAUGUAUGUUAGUUUUUGCUGAGCUAUAUUCAUUCUAAAUGUUCUUAAGGUGGUUUGAUACACUUUUUAAAAAUUCAGGUGUUCAACAAUUUGACAUGUUAAAAUUAUGCAUUUUUAGGAUUUAUUCAGCAGAUAUUGGGUUUUUUAUAUACGGUAUUUUGAUUUGUCUACUUUCAAAUUAGAUUAGUUUUAAUGAUAGAUAAUUUGUUGCUAUGUACGAAAUGUAUAUGUGUACGAAAUGUCCUCCAAAAUAGCCUAUCACCUUGUAUAGUUAGAAAAGAAGCAUGUGACCCACAAUUUUUUUCCUGCAUUAUUUUACUUGGAAGAAAAACUAACAAUUAGCAAAAUAUAAAAAAUUUGCCACUUGUCAAGACGACCUAGGCGUAAAAGAAAAUACCUGUGGUUCCCGACCGACCCUAUUUUUUUCUGCCGACCCUAUUAUUUUUUCAACGCGAUUGACCGUGCGACCCUAUUUUCUCCAGGUGGUUGCGGGCUGCUCAUACAGCGUGCCAAAAUGGCGUCUGUUGUCAUACUAAUUAUUGAACCAAAUUGCCUAAAUUCAUCCAUAGGAAAUACGCAUCUCUAGUUAAUAUUGAUGUCGGGACUCUACUGCAAAUCGCCCAGCAAAAAACCACCAAAACCAUGAAAAAAAUAUUCAAAAAAAAAAUUUAUUUCGGACCUACCGACCCUAAUUUUUUCACGAUAUGAAACCGUAACCACAGGUAUUUUUUUACGCCCUAUUAUGCUAGAUGAGCUUACUUGUCAAUUAAGGGGAGAGCGCUGUCGCUCAAUGGGUUAUAUAUACAAAAGCAAUAAUAUAAUGUUGAGAUUCUUGAGAAAGAUUAAGAAACAUUUCCAUUUAUUGUAGGUGUAUAACAGCCAUGCAAGAGAGGAUGUCUUGGCAGCCUGUCAAACAACUUUGAAAAAUUUGCAAAUUAAAUAUUUGGAUUUAUAUUUGGUAAUUCAUUUGACUUUGUCAGUUCUAAACUGUUCUCCAUAGAGGUCCAAUAAGGAUCAUCUCUUAUUGAUCCAGUGUUACUACAGGAGGAAACCUAAGCAUAAACUAACUUUAUUUAUAAUGGAUAGCUCUAUCAGUUCUAAACUGUUCUUCCUAGAGGUCCAGUAUUCAGUAAGGAUCAUCUCUUAAUGAUCCAGUGUUACUACAGAAGGAAAUCUAAACUAAACUGACUUUAUUUAUUUAUUUAUUUAUUUAUUUAUACUGGAUAGCUCUAUCAGUUCUAAACUGUUUUUCCUAGAGAUUCAGUAAGGAUAAUCUGUAUUGAUCCAGUGUUACUACAGGAGGAAACCUAAACUAAACUAACUUUAUUUAUACUGGAUAGCUCUAUCAGUUCUAAACUGUUCUUCCUAUAGAGGUCCAGUAACGAUCAUCUCUUUAAUGUUAAGGGCCAAAAUCCUGAAAAACAUUGUAUAUCUAUCACCAUACAAGAUGCAAUCAAAGAAUGUUUCUAAACAAUUAUGUAUAUCUUUCGUAGAUACAUAAUCCAUAUGCAUUUGCAAAGGGUAUGUUUUUCCCAACGAAACCAGAACAACGUAAAGAUAUUCUUGGCUAUGAUAAGAAGAGAAUGAGCGAAACGUGGAAG